AGUGUAUAAACCGCAACCUCUGCCUUUCUGGCUUCUGUUGAGCUUAACUUUUAAAAAAGAGUUUUCUCUGCUGCGCCGAGCAGAGCACACUUUCGUUGCUAUUUCGUUUCGUUUCAAAUCAACGCUUUCCGUUUUUUAUGGUCAUUGCAAAAAUGGACUGGUAUGCUCUCUCUAAAAACAUAUCAAUCACUGAAGUGCCUUCAAACAACACGGAAACCAGUGUCAACAGGACCAGACUCAACUAUGCGCAGACUGUCGUUUCUCUCGCGACUGCCAUUGGCCUAGUGAUUAUCACUUUAGUUGACCUUCUUUAUCGAAGCACAUCCCGUCACAGUAAGUUGCUAAGGGUUACACGCGAAACCCGUUUUGACGGCGCGUACAUUCUAGGCAAGCCACCGAAAAGCCGAGCUCGUACAAUACUGGAGAACGGGCUGAAGACACAUGAAUUUCGUAUCCGCAACCCUCCGCAGUACUCGCGAGUCAUUCCUGCAGUUGUUUCUGACGCUCGUGACGCAAAGCUGGACUGUGUAGAAAUGCUGAAUAAGGUUCGAGUGAUCCUUUCAAAAUCUUACGGCAGAAGUGCGGAAUUGAUGUCGAUGCGUUGCUGCUUGACAUGCGUUAAAGGAGCACUUUCCAAUGAGCAGUCGGAGCGUUUUCUGCGAAUCUACGAGCGCGUCAUGUUCUGCUCUCAUCGUGUCAACGGAGAUGAGAAAAUUGUCACAUCUGACGAAAUCCGCUAUAUGCAUGCUUUUUUCUACAAUAGCGUACUGAAAGUAAUGCAGUAA